GUCCACCUUUGCCUCCAGCUCUGCCGCCCGAGAAGGGGUUCCGCGUUCGUUUUUAGCGAAAGACUGUGUUUCGGUGCUGUUUGGUCCGGGAAACUGUUGGCUUUGCUCCCAUACGACGUGCGUUGUGCGUGGUAUCUUUCGCAAGGCACGCAGAAACAUCUAGAGCACAAGCCUACCCCGAGAUUUCUGUGCGUAACAUCAACACAAAAGAUUAGCGCACACAUCCUGGAAGUUUCCGUCACCGUGCCCGAGGUGUGCCGUUUAUCGUAAACCAAAGCAGAAGGAAACGCUUCUGCCGAAUGGCGAAUGUUGAAAGAGACGACAACAUGUUGAACGAAGAGCAAGAAUCCUCGCAAUCCAACAGCAGCAACGGUUCGAGCGGCGUCGUACAAGCGACCUCCGGCUUCCAGCUGAAGUCCAGCAUCCUUCGCCAGUCCACAUUUGGCGCUUCCUCCUUCCUUGGCGGCAGCGGUGGUGGAUCAUCAUCCAGUAACAGCGUCUCGUCGUCUCCGUCGUUCACCACGGGUAGCAGCAAUAGCUUCAACCUGAAACCAAGCGUGCUGAAACCAUCGCAGCUGAGCUUCGGCGGAAUAGGCGCCGGCAAGGCGGAAGGCAACGGUUCGGAUCGAAACGGCAAUGAUGCGGUUACAUCGACACCUGCUGCAUCGAACCCCUUCCUCAAGACGCAACAGAGCGAGGAAGAUCCCAGCGAGUCGGAAAACGUUGAUACGAAGGGAGCAACAGCGGCAGCGUCUUCGUCGUCAGCGGCGACGGUGGCAUCGGGUGAUAAUGAAGGGAGCCCAACUAGCACCAACAGUAACAACGUCGCUGUCGUGGACCCGUUGGCUAAGCUAAAGAGUUCUUCCUUACCGAAAUCGAACCUUUUCGCCAACGUUAGCAAAUCGACCCUUAGUGAAGCAUCCGGGUUCGUGUUCGGUCAGAAUGUUCACGAGCGAGUAACGGGUGAAAACCUAGCCAGCACUACCGGCGGGGUGAACUCACUGCCGACCACGGAGUUUUCCUUCGCCACCAGUGUAGGUGGCGGUGGCACUGGCGCUGGCGAGGGAAGCACCGGUAAUGGGGCCAAUGAUGGCAGUGGCACUGUCGGGUCGGACAGCACCACCUCGACCGCGGCUACUGCCGCAUGUGGUAAGGAUGGUUCAGAUUCCUCCGAUGGCACGAGCAGCAGCCGCGAGCCAAAAGACCGCGAAAGUCUAGAGGAAGCCGCACGCCGGUAUGAGGAAAGUCGCGGUGCGUUGAAGCGUAAGUACGAGGAGGUGGAAACGAUUACGGGCGAGGAAGACGAGUGCAAUGUGGUGGAGAUAGCGUGCAAGCUGUUUGCGUUCGCGAAAUCAAACUGGGAAGAGCGAGGCCACGGCACACUGCGACUGAACGACAAGGAAAAUAACGAAUCUCGCGUCGUAUUUCGGCAGUCCGGUAAUCUGCGCGUUCUGAUCAACACCAAGGUCUGGUCCGGAAUGAUUGCCCAAACUCCAAGCCCGAAAAGCUUACGCUUAACAGCCAUCGACAGCACGGGACAGAUUAAAGUGUUUCUGGUGAUGUCUCGCCCGGAAGUUAUCAGCAAGCUUCACAACGAGCUAACGAAGCGCAUUGAGGUAGCCAAGCAAGCGGCAGAGCAGGAGGCGGCCAAGGAAAACAAGGGCGACAAUCAGGCAUCCUUGGUGAAAUCGGCAGUAUCCGACAGUGCCGCCAUUGAAGCGGCCGAUGAUGAAGGAUCCCGCACGGCGCCCGACCCGGAAGAUGAGAAUAGCAGCUCCGCUGAGGUGCCCGAGGAUGAGCCGAGUGCAAAGAAACGACACAGUAGCAUACCAUCGGCAGAACCGGCCUCUUCUUAAAUCUACACAUUCUUACGACUGGAUUAAUAUUACAACAAAAAAAAAGAAGAAAAAAAAACCAGCAGAAAUAGUCUUGAGGCGACGAUGGCCACAACACCAUUAUGCUAUUUCACCUUUCGAAACUUCACUCCCUGCAUCCAAUAGCAUCUGAAAAGCGGUUCCGCCUCCCGACCGAGGGCACAGCUAGUGAGAUUACUCUGCUAUAGUCGACGUUGAAGUGUGAGCGAUCGUGAAAAUUGAUCAAUAGGGAUUGAUCCCGGGAGUGGCGGUGAGUGUUUGCGAAUGGCGUGUGAUUAGCGGCAUCGUCCUGGCGACCCCGAGCUGAGAUGCAUAAUAAAUUAAGUUAAAAGAGAGCGAAAAGAGGAGAGAAAAUAUGCAUUAUACUGUGGAAAAUCUAAACUUUCUGCAAUCUACCGUACCCCACGUGUAAUGGGAAGGGUAGUAGCGGCGUCAUCUUAGCUGUUUAAGUGUUUUGUGUGACCACCGAUGAUAACAGACAUAGGGUUUGUAGCACAGGAGAAGGUGUACGUGUGUGGAAUGUAGGAUGCAGCUGGUUGCUUGGGUUUAUACUAGCUAUCAUCGUGUUAUGCUGUUGCUACAGGCCAGAAGGAACACCAAGCGGGCGAAAGCGAAAUGUCUUGUGAAAAAUUGCGUGCGGAGCACGACCUCACCCACUCACUGAAUUUAAAUUAUGUUUCCACCACAGUGGGCACGGUGAAAUGGACUCUACACUAUUUAUAUCACCUUCACGGGGCCCCGUUGUUCUCUCCGCCACAAAAUUUGUUGGCUGGAGGGGGUUAGAGGGCAAAUACAUUUUAACGUUGAUAGUGUAGCGAUACUGCGCCAUGAAAUCACAGAAACACAGCGGGACAGGGGUAACUAAAAUGGAAAUCAUCAGAGUGAGAGUAACUGGCUUUGCCAAAGCUAGAGUUCUGGCAAACUCCUGCUCGGGCGGUGCACGUGCAGAUUAGUCGAAUGUAGUUAAGCAACAUAUGGUUCAGGCUUCCUUGAUGUGUGUUCAGCAGCAGCAGACGUUGGGAAAUGUUGCAGGAUGUCGAGGAGGGAAUGGUUCUUGUUCCAUUUUCUCCCAUAUAGAACCAGUUGAAUCGGUGCCGUUUUGGUGCACUGAUUCUGGCAUAAAAAUGGUAUAUAAGCAAAAAGUGGCAGGGUGGAGCGAAAAGCAGUAUCACGGAGCAGAGAUAAUGAAGGAAAAUGGUGGAGUUUAAAUAUGAUUUCGCCUUUUGUACUGCUUCACCGAAAUACUGCACGAUAUGCUAGAUUUUGUUCGUUUAUGAAGCUGUUAUCAAACAUUCAUACAUAAACACAGGAAAACACACACAUUCAAAAACCCAAAAGUAAGAGGCGUCUACAGCAAAAUAUAUAGUUGGAGUACUGAUCUGUAUCAUAACGAUGAAGGUAAACGAUGCAAACAAAUGAAACUGUAAAACGUGGAAAUAAACUAAUUUCAAUUUAAACUUGCGGAAACGAAAAAUAUGUCUGCGUCUCUAAAUACUAAU